AAUAAUAAAUUAUAUGGAGCGAGAAUUAUCAAAGGCGCUAACCUCUGAACUCCACCAAUAAUUUAGCGCCUUUCCUGAGGCGUUAAACCUUAGUGCCUUUUCUAAGGCGGCAAACUUUAAUAGCGCCUUUUAAAGGCGUUCUUUAACGCCUUUGUUUUACCAGUGUAAGGAGAUGAGCUCCCUAAAUAUUGCACCGAUAGGGGACAGAUGUUUCACAACAUUAAGGAAGCUCGUGGCAGUGGCUGCGCUCCCAUCAACCCAUAUACAAGAGGCAAUUAAUAUUCUAAGGCCACACUCGGAAGGCACCAUGUACUCACCACUCCUUGGUCGUGUUCAGAGUGUUUGGAUUGACGGAGGCGGGCCAGAGUGGUUCAGCUGCUCCAAUACAAGAGCUGGGUGUGAUGCGGCGCUCCUUCACCUGGCGACUUUGCUUAUGAAGGAACUAACGACUGGGCAUCCCCGGCCCACAGCCUGGCAGUUCAUUGUGGGCAUGAGGAAUGCUGAUUUCAAAGUGAAAGUAGCUGCCGACAAUAAUGGUCCCAGGCGAGCAAGACCCAAUUUAAGGGCAGAUGUUCAAGGCACAUUCUUGCGCAACCUUGUCACACAAGUGCAGUCGGACGCACUUCCUUUGCCCAGCUUCAUGGAUAGGGGAGAGGUUGUUUUGAAGGCCAUGGUGAAGGGUUGUCAGGCUAUCACCUUCAUGAGGGGAAAUCACAACAAUGCGGCUGCACCUCCUGUGGCACCUGCUGCUGUGCCAAUGCAAGCUGCAGUCCCACAAGCUGAUGCACCUGUUCCAGCUGCAGGACUUCAACCAGCUCCACACCAAGCAGCUGCAGCUGUCGCACCCAUGGAUCUUCCAGUCCAACAAGCUGCUCCUGUUCCAGCUGCAGGACUUGAACUAGCUCCACACCAUGCACCUGCAGCUGUCGCACCCAUGGAUCUUGUCACGGUAGAGCAGGGGUGGUGGCACACAAAAGGAUUAAAUUCCUGGAAAAUGAUCAAGAGAGCAAGGCGUUUGUUCAUCUACACACUAGCUUACAUCACCGAUGUGGCCAACAAGGCACCAGGUCCUUUUGCAAACUACAUACACAAAUGUAAAGUCACACUUGCAAGGAAAGGCUACCGCACUCCACCUUCAAUCACAAGUAUUCAAAAUGAUGACAAGAGGGAAGAACUCUUGUUAAAAUUGUUUAAAAAAGUCACAUCAGACACACCUCUUCCUUACUUCCUCCACAAUGAAAUGCACUGCUACCAUCUUGACUUCCUCACAGAAGCACUAUUCACAGCCAUGAGGGAAUAG